AUGAGAUCAGUAUUUAUCAUUUUGUUGAUUGUGUUUGUGUUCACGAAUGAGUUUUGGAAAAGUGAGGCAUACCCUUACUCAGAGGCGAGUGAAAACGGAAAAUUUUUGCACCUUACCGACAUCCAUCUUGAUCCCUUAUACGUGCCAAACAGUGAUCCCGCUGAAUGGUGUCAUCGUCCAAAUAAGAGCAACCCUUCGGCAAAUACGGCCGGGAAAUUCGGAGCUCUUCUUUCACCAUGUGACACCCCAUACGCGCUAACGAAUGCCACAUUUUCAUUCUUUAAAUCUUCCGUUCAAGAUAUCGAUUUCAUCAUUUAUACUGGUGAUUUUGUCAGGCACGACCGUGACAAAGUAAUUCCCAGAACCAAGGAGGAAGUCAUCUUUGGGCACGAUAUUAUAGUGAAAUAUUUUAGCGAGGUCUACGAUUUGAAGAAAAUCAAAUCCCUACGCUCGGGAACAAUGAUGAAUUUCGUGAGUAGAUUUAGACAAAAGUAUCGUCUACAUGAUACACUUCAGCCAGGUCCCAACAAAGUGCUGAUGGCCAUCAAAGAAUCUUGGGAUCCUCUAGGCCUAAAUCUCACCGAUGACUUCCUCAACGGAGGCUACUUCCGCCAAGACAUUCACUCAACUCUCACAGUUCUCAGUCUAAAUUCCAUUUACUUCUUACCUUCCAAUUCAAAAUCACCCGAUUGCGACAUCCCUGACUCACCUGGGAAGAAGCAAUUUGAUUGGAUUGAAAGAGAGCUGAGCAGUGCUGUAGCCGAAGGAAGAAAAGUUUACCUCAUACAACACAUUCCUCCCGUCAAUGUCACAGGGUACAGUCAAUAUAAGACGCAUUGUUACAGCCUUUAUGUCGAUAUGCUUGGUCGUUACCAUAGUAUUAUUUAUGGUCACUUUACCGGACAUACCAACGAGGACAAUGUGGCAUUCCUUGUUAAAAACGGCACAUCCUCGUAUUCGCUUAUAGGGCUUGGUGAUCCUAAGACGCUUUCCUCAUCCUCUAAUUACGAAAACAUCGUGUUACCAUUAUAUAAUGCACCGUCAAUUGUGCCUGACAUCAAUCCUGCAUUCCGUAUAUUCUCUUAUUCCACCAAAGAUUCGGAUUAUGGUCUACUCCAAGAUUACGUGCAAUAUUACGCCAACUUGACAACCGCCAACAAGGAAGGAAAUCUCGUUUGGGAAAUUGAAUACGACGUUUUGGAUGCCUAUAACAUGAAAGGAUUAAGCACGGACAAUUGGCUGAAUACCUUGAAUGAGUUUGCCAAAGCGAAUUCCACCGCUUGGAAACUAUACAAACUUUAUCUUUUUACAAACACUCACGUUGAAGGACCGUAUUAUGCUUUCUUAUCCAAGUUGGAUCAUUAA